AUGAAGCUGCUCACUCUUGCUCUCGCUACCUUGGCCUCUGGCCACGCUAUCUUUCAAAAGGUCAGUGUGAAUGGUGCUGACCAAGGGCAAUUGAAGGGCGUCCGUGCUCCUAAUAGCAACAACCCAAUUCAAAAUGUCAAUGAUGGCGGGAUGGCCUGCAAUAAUGGCCUCAGCUACACUGACCAGACAGUUAUCACUGUCCCUGCUGGCGCCCAAGUCGGUGCUUGGUGGGGUCAUGUCAUCGGAGGACCUCAGGGUUCAAACGAUCCUGAUCACCCCAUCGCCGCAAGUCACAAAGGUCCAAUCAUGGUCUAUCUGGCCAAAGUCUCAAAUGCUGCUUCAGCCAGCACCAGCGGCCAGAACUGGUUCAAAAUCGCUCAGUCCGGCUUGAGCGGGAGCACAUGGGCUGUCGACACGCUCAUCUCCAAUGGAGGAUGGCACUAUUUCACACUCCCAAGUUGCGUUGCUCCAGGUGACUAUCUGAUGCGCGUGGAGAUUCUUGCCCUCCAUUCCGCUUACUCUCAGGGCCAAGCACAAUUCUACAUGGGGUGUGCUCAGAUUCGUGUCACGGGAUCAGGAACUAAGACAGGAAGUAACAUUGUCCAGUUCCCCGGCGCCUAUAAAGCCACAGAUCCUGGAAUCCUGAUCAACAUUUACGGCACCGGUGGUAGUCCUAAUAACAACGGCCAGCCAUACACCAUCCCUGGGCCAAGCGUUCUCACCUGUUAA